AUCUUCGAAAAUUAUAAUCGGAGUUUAGAUCGAACACUUGGGAAUCGGAGUAUCCCAAAGAUGGAGAUGAGACGUUCAUCGGUGUGGAUGAUGUUGAUUUGCGUGUCGUUGGUUCUCCUUUCUGGAUUUGGCCAGUUUGCGAUCUGCAGUGAAGAAAAAGGAACGUACAGAAACAACAACAACGUGGUAAAGAUGAAGCUUGGUGGAUUUAGCGAUUCCAUGAAUAAUUGGAACGAUAGGGCAGCGGUCGAUGAUAUUGCACUCUUUGCCGUUCAAGAGCACAAUAGGCGUGAGAAUGCUGUUCUUGAGCUUGCUCGAGUACUAAAGGCAACGGAGCAGGUGGUUGCCGGGAAACUCUACCGUCUGACUCUUGAAGUAAUUGAAGCCGGCGAGAAGAAGAUUUAUGAAGCUAAAGUUUGGGUGAAGCCAUGGAUGAACUUUAAACAGCUUCAGGAGUUCAAGAAUGUUAUCCCCUCCUUCACUCUUUCCGACCUCGGCCUGAAAUCAGAUGGCAAUGGAUUUGAGUGGAGAUCGGUAUCAACAAAUGACCCUGAAGUCCAAGAGGCAGCAAAGCACGCCAUGGAAUCAUUACAAGAGAAAUCAAACUCGCUGUUCCUCUACAAACUCAUAGAUAUAAUCCUGGCCAGGGCAAAGGUGUUUGAAGACCGAGUGAAAUUCGAACUGCUUCUGAAGCUAGAGAGGGGCAACAAGCCAGAGAAGUUUAUGGUUGAAGUGAUGAAGUAUGAAAACGGCAAGUUUCACUAG